UCACCAUCAACUUAUAACGUAUGUUAAAACGUGUUAUCUCCACUCCCAUCGUUUAUAAAUUUCAUCACAUUGAGUCUAAUAUUUAAACCAAAGUUUAUAAAGCAUUUUGUUUGUCCCUUUGUGACACCAUGACCAAAAUAUUGAGUUCUAUAGCUUUACCAUCCCUCAUCACUUUCAUUUUGAUCUUCUUGAUUUCUAUUACUUGUUGCUUUCAAGAGGAGCGAUCUAUAUACUUGGUCUUAUUGGAAGGAGAAGCGGUUGCAUUUCAUGGAGCUUCACAAAAUGAAGAUUCAUCAAAGAUUCACCUCAUCAGAGGAGCCUCGAAGGCACAUGAAAAAUACUUAUUAGCGUCUCAUGACAUGCUUCUACAAAGCACUUUGGAGAAUGGAAGUUAUAAUAAACUCCACAGUUAUAAACACAUAAUUAAUGGCUUCUCUGUUCACACAACCCCUUCCCAGGCAAAAAGACUAAGAGCUACACCAGGAGUGAAGUUAGUAGAGAAAGAUAGAGGAGUGAAACUGAUGACAACAUACACUCCUGAUUUUCUUAACUUGCCAAAAGGAUUAUGGGCACAAGUAGGAGGUGACAAAAAUGCAGGUGAUGGAAUUGUUAUUGGUAUUGUUGAUAGUGGCAUUAAUCCAAUUCAUCCAAGCUUUGCUUACCAACCUUUCACUUCAAAUAUCUCUCACUUUUCUGGUGCUUGUGAGACUGGUCCACAUUUCCCACCUGGUUCUUGCAAUGGAAAGAUUAUUUCAGCUAAAUAUUUCUCUGCUGGUGCUCAAGCUAGUCCUACCUUUGAUGCUUCUGUGGAUUUUCUUUCACCUUUUGAUGCAGGUGGACAUGGAAGUCAUGUGGCAUCUAUUGCUGCUGGAAAUGCUGGUGUUCCUGUUGUAGUGAAUGGUUUUUUCUAUGGGCAAGCGAGCGGAAUGGCACCGCGUGCAAGGAUUGCCGUUUAUAAGGCUAUCUACCCAUCCGGGGGAACUAUGGCAGAUGCUGUUGCAGCUAUUGAACAAGCUGUCCAAGAUGGAGUAGAUAUCAUAUCACUCUCUAUUGGACCAAAUGAACCAACAAAAGAUACAUUGACAUUUCUCAACAUCUUUGAUAUUACCUUAUUAUUUGCAAGAAAAGCAGGGGUUUUAGUGGUGCAAGCUGCAGGGAAUAAUGGUCCAUCAUCUUCAACUGUAGUGUCAUUUAGUCCAUGGAGUGUCGGUGUUGCCGCUUGCAACACAGACAGACAUUAUUAUUCUUCAAUUCUUCUUAGAAAUGGCACAAUAGUUGGUGGUGUUGGACUAACAGGACCAAGUUUUGGGAAUGGGAAGGUUUACCAUACACUUGUAUUAGCUAAGGAUGCAGUGAAAAUAAAUGGAACAUUUCCAAGGACUCCAGAGUACUUAGAAGAGUGUCAACAUCCAGAAGCUUUGGAUCCUAGUAAAGUGUUUGGAAGUAUCAUUAUAUGCACCUUCUCAGAAGGAUUUCUUAAUCAGACCUCAACUCUUGCUGCCAUUAUCGACACUGCCAAGGCUCUAAAAUUCGAGGGUUUUAUUUUUACUGCAAAUCCGAGCUAUGGCGAUUAUAUUGCAGAGCCAAUUCCUUUCGGUAUUCCCGGUAUCUUGAUUCCUUCUGUCGCGGAUUCCAAGGUUAUAAUGCAAUAUUAUGAAGAACAUACAAAGAGGGACGAGAGAGGAACUGUUACAGAGUUUGGUGCUGCGGCAUCUACGGGGGAAGGAAGGGAUGCCUCUUUCAAAGGGCGAUCACCGGUUGUUAGUAGAUUUUCUUCAAGGGGUCCAGAUAUAAUUGAUUCAAAAAGAACUCUUGCUGAUGUACUUAAACCUGAUAUUCUUGCUCCAGGGCACCAAAUAUGGGCCGCAUGGAGUCCUAUUAGUGCCAAACAACCUAUGCUAACAGGACACAAUUUUGCAUUAUUAUCCGGUACCAGCAUGGCGGCGCCUCAUGUGGCUGGAAUCGCAGCACUGAUCAAGCAACAUAAUCCAUCAUGGACUCCAUCUAUGAUAGCAUCUGCGAUCACCACAACCAGCAGAAAGUAUGACAAGCUUGGAGAUCCUCUGAUGGCCGAAGGCUACGAGGCCAACACCUUGCAUCCCUCCACUCCUUUUGAACAUGGUGCGGGCAUUGUGGACCCUAGCCGUGUCAAUAAUCCAGGCUUGGUUCUAUCUUCAGAUUAUGAAGACUUCAUCAGCUUCCUGUGCUCUUUGCCAAACAUUGAUACGAAGACAAUAACUAGAGCGACGGGAGAGACCUGCAACAGCCCAUUUGACUAUCCAUCUAAUUUAAACCUUCCAUCAGUGACAAUAUCUGCACUUAAAGGAUCAAUUUAUUUGAAAAGAACUGUCAUGAAUGUAGGGAACAGCACAGAGACAUACUUAUGCGGUGUUCGAGCUCCUAAUAGAACUGCAGUUAACCUGUAUCCAACUUUUUUUACCAUAACUCCACAAGGAACUCAGGAUCUGGAAAUACAAAUCAAUGUCACUCAACCAAGUGAAGAUUUUAGCUUUGGUGAAAUUGUUUUGGCAGGAAGUAUGAACCACAUAGUAAGAAUAACUUUGUCAGUUGUGCCAGUUUCAACACAAUGACUAUUGAAUACCGAAUGCACUGUAAAUCGUCAUUUUAGUCCCUAAGACUAUGUUUGGAUAUCUUGUGCAAAUGUAAUAGAAUGGAGAAAAACAAAUAAAAAUUAAGUUUUCACCCUAUUGUUUGAUUAUUCUGUAAUGAAACAAUUCCAUCAUUGGAAAACAAAAUAAAAUGAAU